ACGCCGAGAUGGACGUGUUCCUGAUGAUCCGGCGCCACAAGACCACGAUCUUCACAGAUGCGGAGUCAAGCACAGUGUUUGAGCUGAAGCGCAUCAUGGAAGGCAUCCUCAAGAGGCCCCCGGAUGAGCAGCGGCUCUACAAGGAUGACCAGCUGCUGGAUGACAGUAAGACCCUGGGCAAGUGUGGCUUCACAAGUCAGACAGCCAGGCCUCAAGCACCAGCCACUGUGGGGCUGGCCUUUCGAGCCUAUGAUGUAUUUGAAACCUUGCGCAUCGAGUCUUUCUCCAGCCCUCCAGAACUGCCAGAUGUCAUGAAGCCUCAAGACUCUGGAAAUGGCACCAAUGAGCAAGCUGUGCAGUAA